AUGGUGCAAACGACUGGCGUUGUCGUUGCAGGUGCGUCCAUGGCAGCCCUCGUGGCGCAACCGGCAUGGAGAGACGGCCUGCUGGUCGCGCUGGCUCGCUGGACAGGCUAUAAUGCGCCUGGUGGUUUGUGGAGGAUAGCUGCGAUUCUUCUUGCCGCGGCCAACUUGAAGAACCUGCCCUUUGUCUGGCAUAUACGUGUCUUUCGCGCCAUGCUUUACCACAUUUACGUCCAGCCUACGCCCAUUCCUCCUCAUGCCCUGUUUCAACCCAUGAUCUCCUCGACUCGGACCACCCUCGUCGAAACAGAUUACAACUUGCACAAGUCCAACAGUACCUACUUCAGCGACAUGGACGUUUCACGUACCCACCUCUUCACCGCGUUGAUGCGUAACGCCAUCCGAAAACAGAGCCGCCGGUCUGGCGCCAAAGUGGCUGGAGCUAUGGGAGCCACAGAGGGUACACCAGGCAGGCAUAUCAUCGCGCUAGGCGGGAUAAGUUGUCUAUUCAAGAGGGAGAUUCCGCCUUAUCAAAAGUUUGAAAUGUGGACCAGACUACUCUGCUGGGAUAGGAAGUGGUUCUACCUCGUCACUCAUCUCGUCAAGCCCGGCGUAGCCCAGCCAGAGAGCUGGACACUGCAGCCUUGGAAAAAGUCAAAGAGCCGUUCUGCAAACGUUGAUCCGGAAAAGUUGAAAGGCGCAGUUUACGCGACUGCACUUGCCAAGUACGUCAUUAAGCGUGGCAGGAUCACAGUCCCGCCAGAGCAGGCCCUCGUUGACUCCGAAAUGGUCCCAUUGAAACCAGAGGGAUGGGAAUACCACGGUCCCGUGCCCGAGCAAAACGAGCAAAACGAAACUAGCUUACCCAGGGUCGUCCAGCCAGACGAAUGGAACUGGGACAUCAUCGAGUCGGAGCGACUACGCGGGCUGGAAAUUGCAAGCAAAUUUGCCGCCAUGGACGGCCUGCAUGAUUUCUUCGAUGGCGGUAAAGAAGGCGUACUGGGCGAGUAUGCAGAUCUGCUCUUUUGA